AUGACUAAGGUGGAUCCCCUCUCCAACGCGCAGAACGAGCCUCGGCUCGACGCAGGCAAUAAACAUCACGAUCACUAUGCAAAUGCUCUUCCCAAAUGGCGAAACGAAAUCCGCAAAAAGUUGAUUCCCAUCGUACGAUGGGAGACCCCAUACCUCGCGCUGAUGCAGGAUGCGCUGCGAACUCCUGCGCUCGACUCCUAUUUCGCCUUUACAGCUAAUCUCGGAACGCAUACUUUCUACAUGGUCUUUCUUCCCAUCCUGUUCUGGUGCGGAUACACAAACUUUGGCCGAGCGAUGGUCCACAUGCUCGCUGCAGGCAUCUUCGUGAGCGGGUUUCUCAAGGACAUGCUCUGUCUGCCCAGACCACUGUCUCCCCCGCUUGCGCGUAUUACCAUGUCAGGAUCGGCAGCGCUCGAAUAUGGCUUUCCUUCCUCUCACUCUACCAAUGCCGUUUCCGUAGCCCUAUACGCCAUUUACAUGAUACGAAGUGCUCCAGAGCAGUACCAUCCUCAGGUUUUUGUCGCGGUUCAGGCCCUCUUCUGGUGGUAUGCCAUCUCCAUCAUCUUCGGCAGGCUGUACUGCGGAAUGCAUGGCUUUCUGGACGUUGUCAUUGGAAGCAUUCUCGGGGCUAUUAUCGGGGUCGGCCAAUUAGCAUAUGGGGACUUCCUGGACACGUGGAUUCCCGACGGCCCUAUUGGCAACCUGAUAAUCUCGAUAUUGGUCGUUUUGGUUCUUGUUCGGAUUCAUCCCGAACCCGCAGACGAUUGCCCUUGCUUCGAUGACAGCGUCUCAUUUGCUGGCGUAGUGCUCGGAAUCCAAGUCGGAGCCUGGCAGUAUGCUCGAUGUGCCUUCUCCACUAACGACCCAAUCUCAUCUACCGUUCCAUUCAGCAUAGAAAGCAUUGGGUGGGUACGAGCUGUACUUCGGGUCAUUUUGGGUGUGGUAAUGAUCUUCAUCUGGAGGGCAUCAACGAAACCUGCGCUAUUCAAAAUUCUGCCCCCACUCUUCCGUGUCCUCGAAAGAGUUCGCUGGAACCUUCCGCGUGCUUUCUUUCUGAACGCUUCGAAAUAUACCAGUAUUCCAACAUUACGAGGCGAUGACAAUGUCAUCCCUACUGCAUCAGAAUUGCCGCAUAUGCUUAAGAAUCUCGCGCACCCCCGCAGAAGAUCGGUAUCGGUUGGGCCACAGUCCGCAGCGGAUGCUUACGAAACGCUUGCAUAUCGCAAUAGGCGUCGUCGAGAAAGCAUAAACUCCUUAGAUGGAAAGAUGCCCGAGGACUCGGCCUGGGUGCCUCAAACUAAGGAGGAUGGCACCCAAGCUUCCCCACAACAGUCCCAAGAAAAGGUACCGUUAGGUGCAAAUAUGCUUCCUACUCCAAUGGCAUCGCGGGUACAUUCCUAUGAGCAAAUGAUGGGAACAGGGAAUGCAGCUGUCACGACUGCAACACCUCCAGAGCGGAAUCAAAAUUUUAUGGGCGAAGAUGCCGUUCAGAGUCCUACCGAAGAAGAAAACGAGAAACGGGAAAUAUUCAUGAAGAUCACCAAGCCCCGUGUGAGGUACGAUGUGGAGGUUGUAACGAAAUUAAUUGUCUAUGCAGGCAUUGGCUGGUUGGCGGUUUCAGGAAACCCAAUGUUGUUUCAAAUAGUUGGUUUGGGAAUGGGUGUGGCUCUUGUCCAGUGA